GAUUUCAUGCAAAACGUUAAAAAGAUAUCCUGGAAUAUUUCUUUUGCUUGUUCCAGGAUCGUCCCUGGAGCUGAUGCCCAGUAUUAUGGGCGCAUUCGACGCAAUCAUCGGAGGCAGCCAGAAAGAACGGAACUGUACUGAAGGCGAUCAAAUAAGGACGAGCACUCCGAAACGCAGCCACCAAGUGGGGAACUUCGCUAAUCUAUCGCCUUGCGUCCAGAAGAUCCUCUCGAACGUUCCUGAGCAGGAGAUCUCGAAGAAGUUCAGCUCGGAAGAGACAUUGAAUUCGAGUACGAUACGCAGGUCUACGUAUCGGCCUACCUACAGAUCAUUCCGCUCCCCGGAGAAGCAGAGCCCGCUGAACAGGAGCAACGAAAAGCCUGGACAUAAUCUCGACGAACGUCCAGAAGAUGUUGUCGAACCUCCCCGACGCCGAACUGGUCAUCAGCGCCAGUCAGUUGAACCUUUCCAAGAACACGACGUACCUGCACGCGUCCAGAAGCGAAUUCCUGCACCGCGUUCUGGAACAGCAGGGAGAAGUGAACGCGACGGCGGUAAAAGCGACAGACGGACGGUUAGGGAGGGGGGAGAAGUGACAGAUGACGGUGGGGAAAAAGUGGGGGCAGUGUCAGUGCUACGGGCAGAGGCCGUUGGGCAGCUAUCUGCAUUCGUCGCACGGGAUCGCCUCGAGGACGCCUACCGGGAGGAAAAACGCGGGGAAAUUCUUGCAGGUUAGUAUCUAAAGUUUUAUGCUGUCUGAAAAGUUUCGGAGCAUCGUAUGAAAAAACUAAGAGCUGUG